UUUAUACUAUAUAUUUUAUACUAUACAUUUAUUGACUUCCAGAAAUAUAUCGAAAUGCUUUACGAAGAUAUCGCAGAACAAACAAAAAGUACUGCUAUGUUGUUGCAAUUAAGUAAAAAUAGUUCGAAUAUUCGACAAUUGCUUGAAAAUGAGGUAUUAAUUGGAGCGUUAGCACGAAUUCUUUACGAUGACUGGAAAAAAAGUUUCGAUUUAGCGACAAAUAUUACUUCCAUAUUUUUGAACUUUUCAUUCUACAACGAUUUUCACCCGAUCCUUGCCCAUUAUAAAAUUGGUACGGCAUGCCUUCAAAUUACGGAAUAUGAAUUGAAAAGAUGGGAUAUUUGGAAGAAAGAAAUAUCGAUAGAUUACUCCAGUGAACAGCGUAAAUGGAUUAUAGCAAUUCGUAAACAGCAGAUACUUAUUUCAGUUUGCUUGAAUCUACUGCUAAAUAUGACUGAAGAUAUAAAGGUUGAAGUGAAAUUGGUGAGUCGGAAGAUUGUUGCAUUAUUAUUGAAGUGCUUGUCUGACAGGAAUGCUUGUCUCGAACUCCUCUUAGUAUCCGUUAAUUUCUUGCUGAAAUUGAGUUUAUUCGGUGAAAAUGUCAAAGAAAUGAAAAAUCAUCGAAUCGUGGAAUUGCUUGCAACAUUAUUUCCCAUUAAAAAUGAUUCUUUGCGGCAUGUUGUUAUUCGUCUACUUUUUAAUUUAUCAUUCGAUUCUGAUCUUCGAAAUCAAAUGGUAGCAUCUGGUAUUGUUUCGCAAGUGGCUCCUUUUCUUGAAGAUAAUGAAACAUGCGUGAAUUUGUUGUAUCAACUGAGUAUUAAUAAUGAUGCAAAAGCAAUGAUUACUUUUACUGAUACAAUUCAAGUGCUAAUGCGAUAUUUAUUGAGUAAUCAAGCCACUGAUGUGAUGAAGGCGAUACUAAUUAAUAUAGCCCUCGAGAAAAGGAAUGCGCAGUUAAUUUGUGGUCAGGAAGGUCAAGGUCUUGAUCUAUUAAUUGAACUCGUCUAUGAACAAAAAGAUCUUCUAAUUUUAAAAAUCUUACGUAAUAUCGCUUCGCAUAGUGGGCCAUCGCAGUCUAUGUUCAAUAAGUGGGUGCCACGUCUUCUUCAUUCUGCAACCAAAUCGCAGGAAAAUGGAGAAAUUGAUUAUUUUUCUAACUGGUUUAAUCUGGAAUGCUUGCGGAUAGUCAGUCAAUUGGACAGCGUAAAUUGGCUUUCGCUUAUUAAUGAAUUUUCCCUUAUUGAAUGGAUAAAACAGAAAUUGAAUCCUGAUACAGUAAAUGAAUAUGAAGAUGAUUCGGCUCUCCAGGUACUAUGCUUAGUUAUAAUCUUGUGUGGAACAAUGGCACGUCAACUUGAAGCUGCUCGUCUUCUUGUUCCACUUGCUGAUUAUUUUACAGAACUGCUCUCAGCUCAGCAAGAAGAUGAUGAAAUGGUUAUGCAAAUUGUUUAUGUGUUUUAUACAAUUAUUAUUCAUGAAGAACUUAGUGAAAGUUUAAUGGGUGGAAGUGCACAAGUUGGUGCAUAUUUGCUUGAUCUGAUGCAUGACAGUAACGCACCCAUAAGCGCGAUUUGUGACCGUGCAUUAACUAUUAUAGCGGAGCGCAGUGAAGAAUGGUCAAGAAAGAUGGAUAUUGAGCGUUUCCGUUGGCAUAAUGCGCAAUGGCUUGAAAUGAUCACUGCGAACGGCGACAUAUUAGGCGAUUCAGCUCAAUCCGAUUCGUCUGAUAUCUUUUCUGAUGUUCUCGGUGCUGAGGACUUACUGGAUGAUACAUUUCUUAAUGCAGAUUUUAAUAACCAAUUAGAAUACGAUUUUUAA